AAAAUUUCGGUCUAAACAAGUAUCGGGGCGUUUGGUCAAAAAGAAAACCCCGAGUUUGACGAUAAUUCCAGGAAAAAUUACUAGAUCUCCCACUUGCCCCCGCCUCCGCAAAGAUCUGUCCCAUUUCACCAGUCCCUGAUAGAUCGAAUCACCUCCAAGGUACGUUGAUCUUUUGAGACACGAUGGCUAUGAUCGAUGAGCCACUCUAUCCGAUUGCCGUCCUAAUCGACGAGCUCAAAAAUGAUGAUAUUCAGCUCCGAUUGAACUCGAUCCGCCGUCUCUCUACGAUUGCUCGCGCACUUGGAGAAGAGAGAACUAGGAAGGAGCUGAUUCCUUUUCUCAGUGAGAACAAUGAUGACGAUGAUGAAGUGCUUCUUGCAAUGGCAGAGGAAUUGGGGGUUUUCAUUCCCUAUGUUGGAGGCGUUGAGUAUGCGAAUGUGCUACUCCCGCCGUUGGAAACUCUUUGCACGGUUGAGGAAACCUGUGUGAGGGACAAAGCGGUGGAGUCAUUGUGUAGAAUCGGUGCACAGAUGAGGGAACAGGACUUGGUUGAGUACUUCAUUCCUCUGGUUAAGAGACUGGCUGCUGGUGAGUGGUUUACUGCUCGAGUUUCCUCAUGUGGCUUGUUCCAUAUUGCUUACUCAAGUGCCCCAGAGACAUCAAAAACUGAACUACGAACAAUUUACGGUCAGCUGUGUCAAGAUGACAUGCCUAUGGUUAGAAGAUCUGCCGCAACGAACCUGGGAAAAUUCGCUGCUACUGUUGAAGCUGCCCAUUUGAAAACUGACAUCAUGUCUAUAUUUGAGGAUCUGACUCAGGACGAUCAAGAUUCUGUUCGGUUAUUGGCCGUUGAAGGUUGUGCUGCACUGGGAAAGUUGUUGGAACCUCAAGAUUGUGUGGCACAUAUUCUUCCUGUCAUUGUUAGUUUCUCACAGGAUAAGUCUUGGCGUGUUCGUUACAUGGUUGCAAAUCAACUAUAUGAACUAUGUGAAGCUGUAGGUCCUGAACCUACCAGGUCGGACCUUGUACCUGCAUAUGUUCGGCUACUUCGUGAUAAUGAGGCUGAAGUACGCAUAGCUGCUGCUGGAAAAGUUACUAAGUUUUGCCGGAUUCUGAAUCCAGAACUUGCAAUUCAGCAUAUCCUUCCUUGUGUGAAGGAACUGUCAACAGAUUCGUCUCAGCAUGUUCGAUCUGCAUUGGCUUCUGUUAUAAUGGGAAUGGCACCAGUUUUAGGAAAGGAUGCAACAAUUGAGCAACUGCUGCCUAUUUUCCUUUCUCUUUUAAAGGAUGAGUUUCCCGAUGUCCGGCUGAAUAUUAUCAGCAAGCUUGAUCAAGUUAACCAGGUAAUUGGAAUUGAUCUGCUGUCCCAGUCUCUGUUGCCAGCGAUUGUUGAGCUUGCAGAGGAUAGACACUGGAGAGUUCGGCUUGCAAUAAUAGAGUAUAUACCUUUAUUGGCAAGUCAAUUGGGCGUAGGCUUUUUUGAUGACAAGCUUGGUGCUCUUUGCAUGCAAUGGUUAAAAGAUAAGGUUUACUCGAUUCGUGAUGCAGCUGCAAAUAAUGUAAAACGUCUUGCAGAAGAAUUUGGCCCAGAGUGGGCAAUGCAACACAUAAUUCCACAGGUCCUGGACAUGAUUAAUAACCAACACUAUCUGUACCGGAUGACCAUUCUACAUGCAAUUUCUCUACUUGCUCCUGUAAUGGGCUCAGAAAUUACUUGUUCCAAACUUCUGCCUGUGGUCAUUAAUGCAUCAAAAGAUAGGGUUCCCAACAUCAAGUUCAAUGUGGCUAAAGUAUUGCAGUCACUUAUUCCUAUAGUUGAUCAAUCUGUGGUUGAGAAGACAAUCCGUCCGUGUCUGGUCGAACUUAGUGAGGAUCCAGAUGUUGAUGUCAGGUUCUUUGCCACCCAAGCACUACAGUCAAGUGAUCAGGUCAUGAUGUCUACCUAGGUUGAUUUAGGUCAUAAUGUCUACCUAGAUUGAUUUUGUUAUUGGUGGGCUUUUUUUUUCUUUUUUUUUUCCCUGGGCAAUUUGGAAGUUAAGAUGAUAUACAGAUGUAUGUAAUAUUUUUUUUUCCUAACCAAACAAUUUCUUUUCCAUUGAUUGA